AAUUUGACGGCCAUAAUAUAAGAAGUAUCAGCCGGCUUGCACGUCCCAAUCCGAGCGUAGCGUAUACAGUCCCAGCCGUGUAGUCGAGACACGAGAGGAUGCAGAGGCCGGUGAGCUCCCCGUCGCUGCCCGCUUUCGAGGACGAGGGGGAGGACCUGGAGGCCAAGCCGGAGAAGGCGCCCGCCGUCCGGCCGUAUGCGGCGACGGAGCGGUCCGUCCACCUCGUGCCGCUCAUCGUCCUGCUCUGCUUCGUCGUCCUCUUCAUCUGCUCCCACGUCCCCUCCCCCUCUGAUAUGUCGAGCUUCGGAGGGAAGGCCGGGGGACGGAAGCCCAAGCUGCUCUGACGCGGACCAAGGAAGGAGACGAUCAUGACAAGAGCUCACGGACUGAGGACGCGAUAUGCCAAAAAGAUGUGAACGUUUUCUGCUUUCUUUCUUGAUCUCAGCUGUGUUAGGCAGUAAGCUGUACUGAUCUCGCUGCACCGAUAAUAAAACACAUACAGAACGCAAUAGUGCUGCUCUGAUGAUUCUCAUCA